AUGGCUCUACGCUGUGCUGUCGGGGUCAUGGGCCUUCUCCUGAUCCUCUUGCUAGCGUCGUCGCAAGCUCAACAGCUCGAGUUCUGUCCGGACGAAUGCGAUUGUGACGCUCUCACGGUCGACUGUUCAUCAAGAGGACUUCGAUUCGUCCCGAGGAACAUCCCUAAAGAAGUUCGACGACUGGAACUCGAAGGAAACAAUAUAGAAGUCAUCAACCGGGAAGAUUUGAGAGAUCUCAGAAAGCUGCGAAUACUGCAAUUGCAAGAUAACGGCUUGCAUUCGGUAGACAAGAAUGCUUUCGCAGACCUCGUCUCUCUCGAAAGAUUGCGCAUCAACAACAACAAGCUCAAAAUGGUAUCAGACGAGCUUUUCGCUCCGCUCUCGCAUCUCCAUCGACUUGACCUGUCGUCGAAUCAGUUGUCGCUGAUCUCGCGCAAAACAUUCUCAGGAUGUCCGUCCCUGCGCAAUUUGCAGUUGGAGUCGAAUCACAUCGCGUGUGUCGACGAGGCUGCUCUGCGCCAGCUCAAGAAUCUCGAAGUCAUCACAUUGAGUAGGAACAACCUCACCAGGAUUUCGAGAUAUCUCUUCGAUGGACUCAAGAAGCUCCGCGUGCUGCGACUCUCUGAGAAUCCUCUGUCUUGUGAUUGCCACCUGUCUUGGCUGUCCGGAUGGCUUCGAUCGAAUCCGAGACUCGGUCUCUACACGACCUGUCACUCGCCGUUCUAUUUGAAGGGCAAACCAGUGGCCGAACUGCGCGAGGACGACUUCAAAUGCAAUGGUCUCGAUUUGAUGUUGGCGGACGAGGCUCCUGUCUGCAAUCCAGAAGCAACAUGUCCCACGCCAUGCACAUGUAAGGGGAAUGUCGUUGACUGCCGGGACAAAGGACUCACCGAACUUCCACACUUCUUCCCGGAUGACACCACUGAGAUAAAUCUACAGAACAACAGGAUAACGGAGCUGCCUGCUCGACGCUUCUCGGGGUUGCGCGUAUUGCGCAAAAUUGAUCUGACGGGAAACCAAAUAAGUAAGAUCGACCCGGACGCGUUUGAGGGACUCAGGACGCUCACGAUUCUUGCUCUCUACCGCAACAAUCUGACCGAUUUGCCUUCCGGAGUUUUCGAGGGCUUAACAUCUCUCCAAAUGCUGCUUCUGAAUCGGAAUCAACUCGAGUGUAUUCGCAAGGACGCAUUCCGGGAUCUUCAAAACCUCAACGUGCUCUCUUUGUACGAUAACCAAAUCCAGUCGUUAGCGGAUUCCACAUUCGCGCCUUUGACCAACAUACAGACGGUGCAUUUGGGGAAGAACCCUCUCAUCUGCGACUGCAAUCUGCGCUGGAUGGCCCGCUGGAUCGCGUCUUUCCAAGCCGACGAAGGUGACCAGAGCGGGGUGGAACGCAGCGACGCUCGUUGCGAUUCUCCAAAACGGGUCGCCGGCAAGAGAUUGACUCAACUCACCGAGAGCAAAUUCAAAUGUAGAGGAGCUGAGGAAUACCGGACCAAGUACGCAGGUGAAUGCCGAGUCGACAGCGGAUGCCCAUCGGGAUGUGUUUGCGAAGGCACCAUCGUGGAUUGCUCCAGGAAGGGACUUCGAACGAUUCCCGGUGAUCUUCCCAUGUACACCUCCGAGUUGAGACUGACCGCCAACGCGAUCGAGAACGUCCAUACCGAAGCAUUCAAAAAUCUACCGAAUCUCUUGAAGAUUGAUCUCCGUGACAAUCAGAUCAAAAACAUCGAAGACAAUGCUUUCUACGGCGCCGUGCACGUUACGGACCUACUUCUCUCAGAUAAUGAGCUGAAGCACAUCCGGCCGAAGAUGCUCGCAGGCCUCUCAUCGAUAAAAAAUCUUCUAUUGAGCUCCAAUCAGCUCAGCUAUAUAGCGAACGACACGUUCUCCGAGCUUCCGACUCUGACGCUCCUCUCACUGAACGACAAUAAAAUACGUUGCAUCGCGCCUGGGAGCUUUCUCCGACUUCGGAACCUUCAGACCUUGAACCUCAUGGUGAACCCUCUUGUUUGCAACUGCCAUCUGCGUUGGCUCGGUCAUUGGCUUCGGGAUACGGCAGUCACUGUGGAUGGCCCGACGUGCGGAUGGCCCGACGAAUUGAAAGAUUCACCUGUGCAGGAUGUAUUGGCUGGCGAUUUUGUCUGUGUUGACGCUGAGGAAGACGAAUGUAGCACUGAUGGAAUGUGUCCUCGAGGCUGCUCGUGCUCGGGAAGCCUAGUGCGCUGCUCUAGGCAAAAGCUGGCCAAAAUUCCGCGCAGGGUAGAUUCUUCCACAACCGAGCUGUAUCUCGAUUUCAACAACAUCGACACCAUCGCUCCGGAACUCAACGAUAUCCAUAGCCUGGUGAAACUAGACCUGAGCAACAACAAGAUCACGAUUAUCCCCAACAACGUCUUCUCGAACCUAACGAAACUCAGCGCUCUGAUCCUUACCAACAACCGACUCCAAUGCAUUCAAGAGGAAAGCUUCAGGGGCUUGAAGAAUCUCCGAGUCUUAUCUCUCCACGGAAACGAAAUAUCAAUGAUGCCGGAGGGCUCAUUCAAGGAUCUGAUAGCGAUAACCCAUAUUGCUCUCGGCAAUAACCCGCUGUAUUGCGACUGUCAGAUGCGAUGGGUCUCUGAUUGGAUUAAGAAAGACUUUAUCGAGCCAGGAAUCGCUCGGUGCGCCGAGCCGCCUCACAUGAAGGACAAAUUAGUAUUGACCGCACCUUCCAACGCGUUCAUGUGCACACAACGAGCUCCUCCUCACGUGCGUGCAAAAUGCGAUGCGUGCUUCACCUUCCCGUGCGAGAACGGAGCCACCUGUACGUCGUUACCGAUGCACGCGUUCAAAUGCGCCUGCACACCUGGAUUCCACGGCGAUCGUUGCCAAUAUACGAUCGACGCUUGUUUCGAUAAUCCCUGUCUCAACGACGGAGUCUGCAAACCGCAGGAAGGCGGUCGCUUCACUUGCCAUUGCCCCGCAGGCUACGAGGGCUCUCGCUGCGAGAUCAACGUCGAUGACUGCACCGCACACAAAUGCGAAAACAACGGAACGUGCGUCGACCGGAUCAACGGCUACAGCUGCCUCUGCCCGAUGCCGUACACGGGCGAGUUCUGCGAGACGAAAAUGAAUUUCUGCAGCGAAGAAUUCAACCCCUGCGAGAACGGAGCCGAAUGCAUCAGUCACGGAACGCACUACAACUGCGUGUGCCCCGUCGGCUUCACCGGCAGUAACUGCUCGGGAAACAUUGACGACUGUGUUGACAAUCUCUGCGCUAACGGAGCGACUUGCGUAGAUGGACUAAACAAUUACAAAUGUUCAUGUCCAGACGGCUUUUCAGGAACAUUUUGCGAAGUUGGACCGACGAUUGCAAUAAUGUUCCCCCGCACGUCACCUUGCCAGGCGCACGACUGCGUGCAUGGGGUCUGUUUCCAACCAGACACCGACAGCUCCGACUACGAGUGCCGCUGCACGCCUGGCUUCACCGGCAAGCGGUGCGACAUUCUGUCUAGCGUGAGUUUCCGAGAUGAGUCUUUUGUGGAAUUGGAGACACUGGCCACGCGACCCAGCGCCAACCUCACGAUUCAAUUCGCCACGUCACAAAAGUUCGGAAUCCUCGCGUACGAUGGAAACAGCGAGCAACAUUUGGCAAUCGAGCUCUUCAAGGGCAGGGUUCGAAUCUCGUUCGACGUUGGAAACACCGCGCCGUCGAACGUGUUCAGCUACGAGGAAGUCGCUGACGGAGCCCUGCAUACAUUAGAGGUCCUCGUCUGGGAUAAGAACCUUACCAUGAAAAUUGACAACGGCACGCCUCGCACAAUUGUCAACGAUGGCUCGAAGGAAUAUCUCGAACUGAACGAGCCGUUCUACGUCGGAGGUCUGCCUGGCUCCAAGGCCGAAUCUGCGCUGAAGCAGUGGCAUUUGAGGAACUCGUCGAGUUUCGUCGGCUGCGUUCAAGGCGUGUUCCUCAAUGAGAUCUCGCAGGACAUCAUGAACGCCCGCAACAAGCAGAGAGUAUCGCCCGGUUGCAGUCAGUUAUCGACGAAGAAGCCCUGCGACGACCAUCCGUGUGUAAAGGGCAAGUGUGUCGAGUCUUCCAGCUCGUCGUACGAAUGCAAAUGUAGACCUGGCUGGAGCGGACCAUUCUGCGAUCAAGCUCCAACGUGCCAGAAACAACGGACCCACGACUACGUCCGGGACGAGGACGGUUGCCGUUCCGCCAAGAAGGUGAAAAACGCUCAGUGCGUCGGGGGUUGCGGAGAAGCGUGCUGUAGACCUGUCGCUCAGAAAACAAAGCGACGCCAAGUCAAGAUGGUCUGCCCCGAUCCGAGCGCGAGCUACACGAAAACCGUCGACAUCAUCAGGAAAUGCUCUUGCACUACUAGCAAAUGUUAG